AUGAGGACGGCGGCAGCCGGCGGCGGCCGCGGCGUGGCCGACCAGGCGCACCCGCCGCCGCCGGCACCCGCGGCGGGAGCGGUGGUGCUGCCGGAGGCAGAGCCGGAGGUGCAGCAGGCAGGCAAGGUGCACGUCUAUCCAGACGAGCCUCGAGUGGGCGUGGGGGUGGUCGUACUGCGGCAGCUGCCCCCCGACCGGCAGCCGGAGGUGCUGCUCAUUCGCCGCGCCAAGGAGCCCGCCAAAGGCCUCUGGUGCUUCCCCGGGGGCAGCCUGGAGCUGGGUGAGACGCUGGUGGACUGCGCGGUGCGGGAGACGCUGGAGGAGACGGGGCUGCGCCUCAGGAGCGCGCCCAUCCCCGAAGGCGAGCUGUACAGCGACUGCCUAGACUUCCCCUCCCCAAUCGCCGCCGCCGACUCGCUGACGCGCGACGACGGCGGCCGCCUGCUCUACCACUACGCCAUUAUCAACCUGGCCGCAGUGCCCGAGGACCCGCACCAGGCGCCGGAGCCUGCCGACGACGUGGAUGGCGCUCAGUGGUUCCCCGUCUCCCAGUUGCGUGGCCUGCCAGAUUUGGUGGUACAUUGCGACCGCGUGGCGGAGCGGGCGGUGAAGCAUUACGCCAUCCGGCACUGA